GGGAGCGCGAGCACGAGGCGCCUCAGCGAGUCAAAAGCAUUCCUUCUAGAGCGUCUGCUUCAUUUGGUUAGAGAAGACAACCUCGGAUGGAGGCAAUGAAAGCGCAUUCCUGAGAGAAGCAGUGAAGAGACUCGUCGAACGAGGAAAGUAAACAAAGGCUAGAAUCCAUGUGGUUCCAAUAAGUGUAUGAUGAAAAAGUAAAACACACAACACAGACUGAGAAAGUAGUUCCCUGGGGAGCUGAAACCACAGGCGACUCGUUUAGAUUCCAGCCUAUGAAAUCACAGUUGAUGCUUCUCUAGCAUGGAGUUAACCAAUCACAACCUGUCCUUGAUUGAGGAGGCGCCAUGGGAAGACAAAUGUCCCACCUCAGUGGGCGGCACCACCUUCCUCAUCAUCACCUACAGCACUAUGAUGGCAGUGGGCAUUAUCGGCAACGCAAGCCUGGUGUUUGUUAUCACACGGCAGAAGGAGAUGCGAAACGUCACCAACAUUUUCAUCGCCAACCUCUCUUGCUCUGAUAUCCUGAUGUGCAUCGUGAAUCUGCCCACCACCAUCGUCUACACCCUGAUGGAUCGCUGGAUCCUGGGCGAGGCUCUCUGUAAGAUCACCAACUUCGUCCAGUGUUUAUCCAUCACCGUGUCCAUUUCCUCUCUGGUCCUGAUAGCCUUGGAGCGCCACCAGCUCAUCAUUCACCCCACUGGAUGGAAGCCUGUGGUGGGACACUCCUACCUGGCUGUGGCCGUCACCUGGAUCUUGGCCAGCCUUAUCUCAGUCCCUUUCCUAUCUUACACAAUCCUCCAUACGCCUUUCAAUAACCUGAGCAUUCCAUUUAACCCCUUCACUGACUACCACAUUUGUAUGGAGGAAUGGCCAUCCCAGCACAACAGACUGGCCUACACCACCUCUCUCCUGCUCUUUCAGUACUGCCUUCCCGUCCUCCUCAUCGUGGUGUGCUACCUGCGCAUCUUCCUGCGUCUGCGGAGGAGGAGAGACAUGGUGGAGAGGGCCAGGGACCCCAGUCAGAGGAAGAUCAAGGGGUCCAAGAGGAUCAACGCCGUGCUGGGCUCCAUCGUGUUCGUGUUCACGCUGUGCUGGCUGCCACUCGUGGUCUUCAACGCCGUGUUCGACUGGAAGCAUGAGGCUAUCCCGGUCUGCCAGCACAACGUCUUGUUCUCCGCCUGCCACCUCACGGCCAUGGCCUCCACCUGUGUCAACCCUGUCAUCUACGGGUUCCUCAACAGCAAUUUCCAGAAGGAGCUCAAGUCCACCCUGUAUCACUGCCGUUGCUGGAGGUUGACGGAGCGCUACGAGACUUUCCCCCUCUCCAUCGUCAGCACCGAGGUGACCAAAGGGUCCCUCCUCAGAAAAGGAUCCAUCAGCAUCAACACUUAGACGCAAUCGAUACGACUCCUCCUGACCCGUGGAGCUGGUGUGUUUCCGCUAAGGCUGGAGGAAGGAUUGAUCUCCAGUUGUGCUGUUCAGUGAUAACUAGCAGGGAGAACGUGUAGCUCUGAGACGUGUGUCACAGGCUUCUCUUCACGGGUUUUAGCGCUCGACCAAGAGGAAGCUGAUAACAGAAUUACGGUGCAAAGGUCUUAGUAAUGUAAAGGAUUCUAGAGAAAGGGCUUUGCAGAGGCAUGCUAUCGUUGUGUUAUUAUGUAUAUUACUAAAUGUGUGGUGGUCAAACUUUUAUUACACAAUGGUAUUUAAAGGAUUAUCUCAGAGAUCCUCUGUAUUGCUUUUUAUCUUCUGUAGACUCGUUUUUAAGGGUCCGUAAAAAUAAUGAUCUUGAGUAAAAGCUGGGGACAGUUCUAUGAAUAUGAAUCUAUAUUUCAAAUGUUUUAUUCUGUCAUUUUCACUGUAGAACUCUUCUGGUGGGGUUCCUUGAGGGACACGUAGCACUGUAAUGCUGUCUAAAAUUCACAUUAUGCACAUAUUAUCCUUGCAACAUUGUUGUUUGUUCCUGUUCAGGACAUUUUUGUGAACAACCAAGAUUACUUUUUGUUGCUGUAAGUAUUUGUGGUAUCUAUCCAAUUCUAACCAAUUGCGUCCAGAGGCAUUUUUGGUCUGCGUCCGUUAAUAACGCCCCUUGGAAAUCGAACAUGAACUGAGAGGUUUCAGACAAAUACACAGUGGAAAAUUGGUCUGGCGUUGCCAGUUUGUCUAUUCAUCCUUUAAAAGAAAAAUCCAAUAUGACAAUCCACUUCAGUGGAUAAACUCGUGGGGAUGAAGCACUAGUUCACUGAUAGUAUUCAGAGUGUAUUAUUUACUACCUUGUCUCUAUCCAGUACCUGAAGUACCUAUAACAUAAAUUACCUAUUUUCCAUUCAAAAUAUUCAUGCAUGAUUUAGUGGUAGAUAACAUAAAGUCGAUUUAUGUUCAAAAUAGGUUCAUAUUUUAAUAACUUUUUACAGAGAAAACCUCGCCAAGGACAGACAUUGAGAAAUAUUAGCACAGGCCACCAUUGCUGCCGCAAACCAUUACUGCCAUUUUUCUUUCUAUCCACAAAGGUUUACAGUCAAAUAUAUCACUGUGUUGGGAAGGUUGCUGUAAUAAAACCUAUGUGCCACAACACAACUAUACAUCAGUGCCUGAGACAAAACAAGAAGCAAUGAAUGUAUGUGUCCCCACUGUAAAUAAUCACCUUUUAGAAGCACCCACUGUAGAUCUGGUGUCCAGUCAGACACAAUGUGAACCGUAUUUCAUGUAACUUGUACAAAAAGGUCUCAGAAUAAUAAUGAAACAGUUCUCUAAAUGUUCCUCGAUCCUGCUGCUUUACAUGUGAGGUUCAUCUCUUCCUCUGGUCAUCCCACAGGAAGGGGGUCCAUUUUGAAUAGCUCACCCACACCCCUGAGGCUAAAGCAUGGAUGUCUUAACAUGUUUGAAUAUGGUCCAUUUAUAUGGUGUUAAUGAAUCACGUCAAAUUGAAAUUGGUGAAAUACAUUUAAAGUGUUAUGCAUUUUCUCUGCCUACACACUUGUCUACUGACAUUGUGUAGACAUGCAUUACCUUAUAUCAUCACCCAUUCAUUAGUCCCACUCAAACACAUUUAACAGUGUUGUCAAGAUACCACAAUUGUUCGUUAAGAUAUUCAACCUCUUCAAACUUAAACCUCAUUAUUUUUAAUGAGUAACUGGCUCAUAAGUUAUUCCUGGUUCUAAAAUAAGACAGACCACUUUGUGCUAUUUUAAGAAAGAUUGUUGAGUACACCAUUGAUAUUUUCUGAGUUUAUCAUGCAAAGAAGGUUUAUCAUUUGUUGUAAUUACGUUGCCUGGUUGGGUAUGUACAUACAGCUCUUCAAAGAUUGUUAUAAUGUACUUAUGGUUUAUGAUGGCUUAUGAAGGAUAUGUUUUAUGAAAGUGAUAUUUAAAGCUUAUUUUUGUUAUGUUUAAUGAACUGCCGUAAAAUGUUUGGGCACUUGUGGUAUAUGCUAUUGAUAGUCAUAGACAUUAUGUAACUUUUAAGUAAAGUAAUACAACAAAACAAGACUGUGUGUUUAUUCUUCAAGUUCAAUUUAAGUUCAACAACUACAUAUAAGCAUGUACCCUGUUGCCAAUCACUUUUUUGGUGUCAAACAGCAGGGAACCUCCUGUACAGGAUGAGUUCAAAUGUUAAUGAAUUUUCUUUGCAGCCUC